AUGGCGGAUCACUCUUCUGCAAUAAUCCCUACUCUCCAGAACAUCGCGGCGACGCUAUCUCUAAACUGCGGUAAAUUAGACCUCAAAGCCAUUGCACUUAAAGCUCAAAACGCAGAGUAUAAUCCGAAACGUUUACCUGCAGUGAUCAUGAGAAUUAGAGAACCAAAAACUACAGCAUUGAUCUUUGCUACUGGGAAAAUUGUUUGUACAGGAGCCAAAAGUGAACACGAUUCGAAGUUAGCAGCUCGAAAAUACGCUAGAAUUGUACAAAAGCUUGGUUAUCCUGGAGUCAAGUUUAAGGAUUUCAAAAUCCAGAAUAUUGUUGCUUCUUGUGAUGUUAAAUUUCCUAUUCGACUUGAAGGACUUGCCAUUGCUCACAGUGCUUUCUCGAGUUACGAACCAGAAAUAUUUCCUGGAUUGGUGUAUCGUAUGAAGAAACCGAAAAUCGUGCUGCUAGUUUUUGCUUCUGGGAAAAUUGUUAUCACUGGAGCCAAGGUUAGGGAUGACACAUAUGCUGCAUUUGACAACAUAUACCCUGUCCUUACUCAGUUCAGAAAGAAGAGUCGGCAAUGA